AUGUCGGGCCCUCAGAAGCUAGCCCCUGAACCGCGAUACCCCGACGUUCGACACGCCGCCGAGGCUCGCCGUCUUCGGAUUCAAGGCGGCCUCAUCGCAGAUGCUCUCGGUGGCAUCAUAUUAUGCCCUCUAGAUACCUCUCGCACGGGUUUACGCAUCCUUGACAGUGCGACUGCUGACGGGCACUUCUUGACCUUGAUCCGGAAACAACUGGCUUACCCGGAGACCGCAGAGCUAAUCGGUACAGACAUCGCGGCGUACCCGCCGCUUGAAUUGCCAGACAACAUCACACUCGAAAGGCAAGAUAUCUUGAAACCAUGGCCGGAGAAAUGGGAAGCGCAUUUCGAUUUUGUGCAUCAACGGACGGCGCUCGCCGUUACGGGAAGCAUGGAACGAGCCGUUGAGUCAGUACGACGGUUCAUCGGGCUAAUCAAGCCCGGCGGCUGGAUUCAGAUCGUAGAUGGGACUUUGAUGACUGGCGAGAUGGCAGAGGGAGACAAAGCCUUCGCGAAGCUGUUCAAGGUGCUCACACAGUGUAUGGUUGGUGUCGGGCUGGAUGUCACGUUGGGAAUAUCGACGGCUGAGAUCCUCAAGAGGGCCGGGGAGGGUUUGCUUCAUAAUAUAGGUGAAAAGCAGGGUGUUAGUCCUUUGGGUAAGGGCGCAGCUUCAAGAGAGCUUGAAGAGAUGGGAUAUGAGGAGUUGAAGGGGAUUCAUAGCGGCUGCGUGUUAGUUCUGAAGGGAAUGUCCAAAGAGGAGAGGCCAAUGGCCCUUGAAGAGAUUGAAGGACUCCUACCAGAGAUUUUGAGAGAAGCACAAGCGGGAGAGUGUCAAAUGAGGUGGUACGCUGCAUGGGGGCAGAAGAUUUGA